AUGUCUGAAUUUGAGAUAGAUAUGUCAAAAUUUCAUCGUCAACGUCAUCGUACAAUUUGUGUCACCGAUUUGUCAUCCUUUAUUGGUCAUCAAGAUUUGAUUGAUUAUUUUUCGCAAUAUGAUAAAAUUGUUCAAAUUCAACUUCGUCAUAAAAACAAUUUAGCUCUAAUUACAUUUGAACGUAUUAGUGUUAUCGAUGAAAUUAUGUCAGAAUAUUCACAACAUCAAAUUCAUAAACAAUAUUUAAAUAUUCGACGUUAUCGAUCACCUGAUGAGCUAGGGUGUUUUGAUUCAAAUACACUGCAUAUUCCAAAUACCCAACAACUCGAUGAAACAAUGGUAAAAAAUUACUUUUAUUUUUAUGGAAAAAUUACUCAUUUGAUAUAUAAGCGGAACGAUGGCUAUUUUAUUACGUUCAAUUCGUUUGACGUUGUAGAUAAAAUAUUGCUAGCUGAACCUCACUACAUUGGGGGAAUAUUAGUUAAAAUGAAACGAGUGAUGGCAACAAGUUUAUCUCCACGACAAAGAACACAAUCAUCUAAUUCUAGCAGUGAACAUGGCACAUUUAACGACGUGAUAAAGAAAAAAUUAGAAGAGUAUGAACGCAUCAUUAACGAACAGAAAAUUCAUCUAACAAAUUCUGAUAUACAAUUACAAUCAGCUCAACAAACUUUACAAAAAAAAACUGACGAUUAUGAAGCAUGUAAAACUUUAUUACAAUCAGCGUUAAAUGAACGCCAUUUUUUUAUUGAACAAAUGAAAUUAGAAUUGUUGAAACGUGAAGAUCUACAACAACAACUCAAUCAACUGCAAAAUCAAAGUGAUGAACACAAAUGUUUAUUGACGGAAAAUCAAUGUCUACGUGAACAAGUAGAAAAACACUGUCAAAUUGAACAAAAUUAUGCAAAAAGUUUGACGGAUAUACAAUAUGAUCUUCAACAAACAGCAACAGAAUUACUUCAAUGUAGAACUGGUAAAGAUCGUUUAUCAACUGAAAAUAUUGCAUCUCAAACAAAAAUUGAAUCACUUAAAGAAGAAUUACAUCAAGUGUUAGCCGAUUUGAAUAAAACAAAACAUAGUCUUCAACAAAAAAGUGCUGAAUUAGAAACAAGUGAAAUGAAUAAUAAACAGUUGGCCGAUAAAUAUGAAGCUGCAAUAAUUCGAAAUACUUAUGAUCCACGUUUUAUGAAUAAAAUUCAAAAUCUUGUCGAUAUGCAAAAACAAGAACAACAACAUAAAGAUGGUAAACAAUUACAAAUGAUGUUUGAUAUGUUUGUUAAAAAAAAAAAGAAUAAUCAAGAGACAGAUGAUGAUGAUAAUGCAGACGCUGUAAGUGCAACCAGUAGCGAUAAUUCAAUGAAACGUAAACAACCAAAAAGAAGAGCUAAAACAAUAACAACAACGAAAAAACGGAGAAAAUAA